ACGUGUCUGUUCCAGAGCAACUCACGAGAAAAAGUCUUGCGACGAUGGAUACAAGAAUUCCUUCCGCCACUAAAGGAGACAAGUUGAAUUCGGAGGACGCUUUCGCGGCGGAUAAAGUUCGACAGCACGACGUGGAUGGAUGGUUAUUCAGAAAGCCAAAAGAAAAGUAUGAGUCUGCUGGUAAUUACUCAAAGUCCCGACUAGAUCCAAAUUCAGAGACUUACGACAUGAAUCACGAAAGGCGAGGAGUGGCUUUAAUCUUCAAUCACAUAAACUUUAAAAAGAUGACUCCUAGAAAGGGCACGAUAAAGGAUUGCACGGAUUUUAGUAGAGUCUUGAAGUGCCUCGGUUUCGAAGUGCGGGUUUACGCAGACAAAAGUACUAAGCAUAUUCAGCAAGUUUUAAAAUCAACCGCGGCGGAGGAUCAUUCAAAUUCUGACUGCUUCCUAGUGGCUGUCAUGACGCACGGCGAAUCAGGAUUUUUGCAUUCGUGUGAAGAGCUUUAUCCUGUUGACACACUCUGGAAUUUUUUCACUGGUGAAAAAUGCACGACUCUUGCCGGAAAACCGAAAUUGUUUUUCAUACAGGCCUGCCGGGGGGAAAGACUGGACAAGGGAGUGAAAAUUAUUCAUGAGACUGAUAGCGGCUCCACUUACAGUAUUCCAGCCUAUGCUGAUAUCCUCGUCGCAUAUUCUACUUACGACGGUUAUUACUCCUGGCGUAAUCAGGAGGCUGGAUCCUGGUUCAUUCAGGCUAUUUGUGAAGAGUUCGAACAAAGUGCUCGAACCCGUGACCUACUCACAAUGUUGACUUUCGUCAACCGACGCGUCGCCAUCGAGUACCAAUCCUACGUGCCGCAAAAUCGGCAUUUUCAUGAAAGGAAGCAAAUUCCAUCCAUAGUAUCAAUGCUGACGCGACUCGUUUACUUCACCCAAAAAGAAACGAUCAAAUCGAGCAGCAAUCAAAUCGAAAGCUUCCAGAAAAUCUAUGCUCGAGAAGCUGGAGCUGGAACGGAAAAUUAAUUCAGCAGGAAAGAAUUGAAGGAACAAUGGACAAUAAUUUUUAAUUUAAAUUUCCAAUACCAAGAAUUUCAUUUAUAUUUUUACAUCUUAUUAGCCAUUACUUAGAGAGGAAGCAAGCAGAACAUGAUAAAUCCAUAGCGUGUGGAUAAAAAAAGGUACACAAGGUUUUAGCAUUUUUAGGAAUCGAGAAAUAGGACUAUUUACACUUCGUUCGAAAAAGAAAAUUUAG